AUGUCACUCAGUGCUUGCUCCCGUUUCCCCCCUGUACUCGCGCUCCUUCUCCCGCUUCUCGCGCUACUCCUCGCACCGCCCAACUCCCUGUGCGCGGCGGAACGAGAGAACCGGUUCAAAUCCGCUACUAGUCCGACGCGCUUCAUCCUCCUGCCCAACAACGCGUACGGCGCGAAAUGCCUCGACGGCAGCCCCCCCGCGUACUACUUCCGCGCGGGGUCGGGCGCGGGGAGGCGCAAAUGGCACGUGCAUUUCCCCCAGGGCGGAUGGUGCUUCACCCCAGAGGGAUGCGUCGAGCGCGCCAAUUCCUCCCUUGGCUCCUCGCGCUUCUGGGCCAGACGCCUCCCCGCCAUCGUUGAAAAGGGCAAGAAGGCGCCGAAUUUCCUCCAAUCCUUCUCCAUGGCAGAUCUCCGCACGCGGCGGGGCAUGGGGGCGGCGUCGCAUGUUCUCUUCUCGGGCAGCUCAGCGGGCGGCCAUGCCAUCAUCAUGCACUGCGACCGCCUCGCUGCCGCCUUCCCCCGCGCCAAAGCCAAGUGCCUUGCCGACUCCGGCUUCUUUGUUGAUGCCAAGGACCGCUUCGGACAGUAUUCUUGGCGAGAUAGGGUUCGGGAGCUCACCGCUCUGCACCGCAUCAACGUCCCCAAAUGCCCGGCAGGAGCACGAGUGAGGGACAACUGGGUAUGCUUCUUCCCAGAACACACCCUCCCCCAGAUCAGAACUCCCCUAUUUCUCCUCCAGUAUCACUUUGACUAUCGCCUCAUCUCCCUGGAAAACCAGCUCCCAGAGAACAGCACCCACAGUAAGGAGAAAGAGGAAUCUGGGAGUGAUGCUGGCGCCGGGUUUGGGGCACACGGCGUUGUUUUACUGGGGCUGGUUCAGGACGUCCAUUAG